AUGGGGUGUAGGAGGUUUUUUGGGGUUCUGGGGGGUGAUGGAGGGGAUUGCAUGGUUGAAGAAGGCAGGAGAAGCAUGUGCCAACUCCCAGCCAGCCAGGUCGACACCCACCCUAUCCCUGCUGUGUGGGCACUGACCCCAACCUCUGCACUUGCAGCGAGCAUGGACCAGCAACAGGGGCCACCAGAGCCGAGACCUGCAGGACCUGCCACACACCCGCAGCCCAAGGAGGGGACACUGUGGGGGCUCCUCGCCAUCCUAUCGCUGCUGGCUGGGCUGGCCACGGGCACCCUGCGAACACCGCACUGCAACGAGACGCUGGACGCAGCCCCUACACCACAGGGCAUGGCCACUGCCAGCCCAUCUGUGGAGGAUGGUGUGGAGGUGCCACUCGCCGCUGCCUGGAGCCAGCUGUACGGGGAAAAUGCGACGACAGGUGGUCCAGGCGCCGCAGAGUUGGCGGAGGACCUGCUGCUGCGCGCUGAGCGCUCACCGCCAGGUGCUGGCAAAGGCAAGAAGAGGGCGCGGACACCCUCACGGGGCACCCGCGGGCGCAACUGCCACAUCCGCAACCUGAUGGUGAAGGUGCGCGACCUGGGCCUGGGCUUCAACUCGGACGAGAUCGUGCUCUUCAAGUACUGCAGUGGGUCCUGCCACCGGGCACGCAGCAACUAUGACCUGACACUGGGCAGCCUGCUGCGACAGCAGCUCAUCGCCCCAGGGCCACAGGAGCGGAUCCUCAGCCACCCCUGCUGCCGACCCACUCGCUAUGAGGCUGUGUCCUUCAUGGAUGUGGAGAACACAUGGCAGACAGUGGAGAAGCUCUCAGCAGCCGAGUGCAGCUGUAUUGGCUGAGGAGGGGGCCACUGGCUUGGCCUCAGCUCGACACAUGCUGGCAGACUCUGGCUUGCUACAUGCAGUGGCACCGGUGCUCAGAGGAAGGGUCUGGCAGAGGCCGGUGCCUCUGUUUUUAUGUGGCCACAAAGAACCGAGGUGAGAUGGAGCCAUGACUGGGGGGUGGGUGGCCAAGCCCCCUCCUGCUCAGUGCCAAGCAGCUGGUGCCGACGGCUACAUGGAGUCCUGCCUGGGUGCGCUGUGGCUCAGCCCUGAGGGAGGGGCUGAGGGGAGUAUGGACCAUCCCCACCACUCACUGGCUGGUCUGUCAGUCCAAUGUCCACCAGCAGCACUCCUCCACCCCUGCUUUAGGGGAGCUGGGGUCAAGCAUCACCCCAAGUUUCAGAGCGGGCAAAACCUCCCUGUCCCCUCAGGCACCCUGGGGUCAGUGGUGGCCGGAGCUGCCCUGCAGGGAAGGGGUGUCCCUGAGGACAGGGGUGCAGCCAGGCCAACUCACGCCAUUGCGGGGUGGGGGACCUGCACCCAGACCAGCAGCAGCCCCUGAUGUUCUGCAGGGUGGUGGGUCACGGGCACCCACUGGGACCCCCAUCCCUGCCUGGCUCCCAGGGGGUGGCAGGGUCCCCCCCGCUGCCCCGUGGUGCUGCGGCACUAAACUAUUUAUUACUCUAAAUUAUUUAUUUAUUGUUCUCGAGCGGCAGCUCCUAUUUAUGACUUUGGGCCCCCGGGGGCCGGGUGUAAAUUAACCCCAGCGCUGUAGUGAAGCCCUGGGCAGUGCCCCGUGCCUCCCGCCCUCCCCUUUUCUAUUAUUUGUAAAAUUUGAGGGAUAAACUCUAUUUUUGUACAGUCGCCUUUUCCUGUAGCAAUAAAGCGAUGGGCUGCGCGUCC